GGAUUUUACUCAGAUACUCUUGGCUACGUGGCAGAAGGCUGUAAAAAAUGUCCCAAAGGUUCAUAUGUCGCUUACGACAAAAGGCCCGGAAAAUCAGUUUUAGAUUGCAAGACAUGCCCCCUCGGUAAAGAAAAUUAUGUCAAUUAUGUUGGUAUAGUUCUAGACUGAAUCAUGAUCAUCUUCAUGAUUGUUUCUAAGUUAAUAUAGAUUACGGUUGCUUCCUAUUCUGUGUUGAGAUUCGGACAUGUGAACCAAAAAAAAAACAAAAACAAAAAACGAAGUGUCAACCGUCGAAAAACAGAAAUGUAUUUGAAAAAGGAGAUGAGAGUAUUCCCAUUACUCUGGCGAUUCCAUUGCUAGCCUAAUGACAAGCUCCCAUUGGUGCUACAGCACGAGCCGCAAGACCUGCGAAAUUCUAUCCGGCUAUUGGAGCGAUUUUGUGAGACUUAGGUGGGGAGUUGAAAUUUGAAUAAGAGCCUCUCGUUUGCGUGCCAUAACCUUUCCGAAACUCUCGCGCGCUCGCAUCGCUUUCCCGUUCGAAACACGUGGAAUUUGCUGCUCGUGUCUCAGGAGCAAUGAAAGCUUGCGAGCUGGCUACCUCCUUGCUGAUGAACGCAAUAGUCUUGGGACACCUCAAGCACUUUAAGCACCGGAAAGAGGCGAUCGUAGGAAAUAUUUGUAUAUCUUAUGCCCCAAGUACGUUCCUUCAAUAAUAUUUAAAACAAACACACUAUAUAGCUAUAGAAAGAGUCUGCUUCAAAAUCUUUAACGCUUUCAGGAACGGAAAGUGACUUUUUCGCUGGAUAUCGUGCUUGUCAAUGUUUGAAAGAACACUAUCGAACCCUUCUAUUUCACGGGUGUUACAAAUGUAACCAGAAAAGUGGACUGAUAUGUCAGGAUGAUUAUGCUUCAUUGAAACGUGGUCAUUGGUGGCAAUGGCGUAACGAAUCCUACAAAUAUCGCUACAAAGAUUUCAUAAAGAAUCUUCUGGCGUCAUUACCAGCUCUCGAUGAAUUCUCCGUGCAGUAUCCUCAUCCUAUUCCGACGCCGUACAAGUGUCCAGUGGAAGACUCCUGCAAAGGUGGUUUGGACUCAGAAUGCGCACUUGGAUACGAGGGCCCUCUCUGUGCAGUUUGCAGCUCAGGAUACUACAAGCAGUUAAAACCCUGCAUUAAAUGUCCUUCAAAGCCGUGGAUUUUGGGACAGAUGUCGAUGAUUGCUACGAUAGUAUUUUUAAUCAUUGCUUUUGCCGUGUGGAAGAGAAGGCAGAAGAGUGGGAGGACAAGAGGACAGUUUUUAAUAGACACAAUCCUGUCCAAACUAAAAAUCGUCAUCGGCUUUUAUCAGGUUACGCAUGGCCUGCUCGAAGCAUUUUCUUAUAUUAAAUGGCCAGAUUCGCUUCAGGAUGUAGCAAAGUAUUCGGGGAUACUGCAAAUGAAUUUUCUUCAGGUUUCUCCCAUUCACUGUCUUUCCUCAGGAUUGUCGAUGGACGCCUUCGGAGAUCUGUCAUUAAUUCUUUCAAUUAAUGCCACUGUCAUCGCCCUAUCUUUUCUGGUUUAUGGUUUUCGCAAGGUAUGUAUCAUCAGAAAAAGAAGCUUGGAAAAUGAAGAAAGGCUGAAUAAGAUAUCAGAGACCAAAGAACUUGUGUGCAGAAAUUUGUUUUUCUUUCUAUAUGUUACUUACCUGAGUACUUGCACAAAGACAGCUAAUGUUCUACCAUUCGCGUGCAGGAAACUCUGCAAAGAUGAAAAUGAAGAUUCGUGCAACGAAUACCUAAAAGCCGACUACAGCAUCAAGUGCCAUGGACCAAUGUAUAGCCAAUUCGAAAUUGUUGCCUACAUUUCAACUACUUACAUCUUUGCAUUACCAACCGCCUCAUUCAUCGCUCUCUGGAGACAUCGAAAAGUACUACCGACAUCAACAUCUGGUGAACCGGCCUAUGAUUCAGAGGCAGUUGCAGGAUUGCGCUUCCUUUACGAAAACUAUAAAUCUCGUUCGUGGUAUUGGGAACUGGUUGAAACGUCUCGCAAAAUAAUCCUCACAUCAGUCCUCAUCCUAGUGGGACAACAGAGCAGAUCGUACAUUGGCUUGGCAUGGGUCGUUGCUGGAAUGUAUGGAGUCCUUUUCUCCUGGAUUAAACCCAUACAGGACUCGUUCGAGAACAGGUUGAUGACGACGUCCCUCGCCGUCACCGUUGUGAAUUUGGGUGUGGGAGCAGUGAGCAGGAUUCCGGUUGAGAAUGUUUCAAAGGAUUUCGACAUAAACACUGAUACCCUGGCAAUGAAGAUCUUGAUACUUGGAGCGAAUUCUCUGGUCCUUGGUCUACUUGUUGGUAAGAAGUUCCACUUUCGGCUUUUUUAGAUUGCCUAGCUGAGAGAUGACUAACAAUGGAAACGUCUCACUAUUUAUUUUUCUGUCAUUUUUUUUUUCUGGCUUAAUCAAUGAUUAAAGUCUCUACGUAGCAAAGUGCUAGCCAUGCAGCAGUUUGAUAAGCCAAAAUAUAGACAAAGUAAAAACUAAAUGCAAAAUUAAAAAAAAAAACGCCGAAAAGCUGACAAAUUAUCAACAGACAAUAAGGUACUUCCGAUCUCAAAUUUCAUUAACUUAUAAAAUUAAAAAAGUUGGACCAAGAGAUCCGAAAUGAUAAAUUGAGUUAGCUUCUUUCCCUUCUUUUUUGAGUCGUAAAGCAUGAAAAGUGAUCAUGAUGUUGAUAUUUUUUCUAAACCUACAGCAUUUUACCCUUACUGGAGUGCAAAUUACUUGGGGUUAGAAAUAAUGAUAAUAUCAAAUUUACAAAUGAUAAAUGAUAAAACAGUUAAAAAAUAGAAUCUGAAAAGAUAUGAGUGGAGUAUUUACAUUCAGUUUAUGCUAUUUUUUCCUCUAUAGUCCAGUAUUUGGUAUAUUUGCAUCAGUACUUCAAUGAAUGGCGAAAAAACCCGCAAUGGUCUUUCUCGUGCUGCCUGGCUCUGCUUCUUCCUCUAAAUGACAUGCAAGGAGACGUUCAAGGUGUGGUUGGUACGAAUAUCCUUGACACCCAGCUAGAAACAGGAAUGAUAGACAAACCGUCCAUUGCUGAUUGCGUUCAAGAUAGCGGAGCUCUAAGUUUCGCUCUAGCCCCUGCAGAAGGGGAAGGUUAUGAUGUUGCUCAUUUGGAAUCACAGGAGCAAAUCCAUGUUGGUACGAGUAAGCGUAGCCUGGUAAAAUCUAAUCGUGGGACACAAACGGACUUGUUUACGCCAUCAGCGUUUGUUGUAACUGCACAACAAUCAUUUCAAGACACGUAUAUGUAG